AUGAAGUCGUCCUCCGGAGCCGGCGCUUUCUUUUCGUCGUCGUUUACGUCCAAAAGCAAUAAAGAUGUUGAGGAGAAAACGAAAGAAUUUGCGAAAGAACGAACAGAGGAGGCAGAGGAGAUGUUGGAUCGAAAACAGCGCGAGUUAAUGGAGGAAGAAAUCUCCGCGGAGGAGUACGGCGAAAACCCAGAAACGAAGCCAGCGCACUUGGAAGCGAAAGCGUCUUCUUUGAGAGAAGACGCGAUCGCGUUGGAGGAAGCCGCCGACAUGGCGAGGAAACGCAUCGAACGACACCGACGCCAAAGAACGAGAGAGCUGGAAAAUCGAGCGAAGGAAUUGAGAGACGAAGCGAGGGAUUUAGAGCGCAAAGCGUACGCGUUGCGAGAAGACGAGGCGGAUUACGGAGGGAAGUAUUAUCGCGACGGCGGCAUCCCGCGAGACGGCGUUUGA